CCCUGCUUCUCAAGGGGACUGUUCCUGGCCGAGGCCCUUUCUCCUCCACUGGGCCACCACGAUGACGCUCGCUAUCCUGGUCCUCCGAUUGAUCGUGGGCAUCCUGGCAUUUCCCAUGUAUCUGCUCAACCUUUUAGGAGUGUGGAACUGGAUAUGCAAAAUGUGGUUUCCCUACUUCCUGUCGCGGUUCACGGUGAUGUACAACGAGCAGAUGGCGAGCAAAAAGAAGGAGCUCUUUAGCAACCUUCAGGAGUUUGCGGGCCCCUCGGGGAAGCUGUCACUGCUGGAGGUGGGCUGUGGCACCGGGGCCAACUUCAAGUUCUAUCCCCCCGGGUGCAGGGUGACCUGUGUCGACCCCAACCCCAACUUCGAGAAGUUCUUGUACAAGAGCGUCUCAGAGAACCGGCAGCUGCAGUUCGAGCGCUUCGUGGUGGCGGCCGGCGAGAACAUGCACCAAGUGGCCGAUGGCUCUGUGGACGUGGUGGUCUGCACCCUGGUGCUGUGUUCAGUGAAGAACCAGGAGAAGAUUCUGCGCGAGGUGUGUCGAGUUCUGAGGCCGGGAGGGGCUUUUUACUUUAUGGAGCAUGUGGCGGAUGAGCGGUCCACCUGGAACUACUUCUGGCAACAGGUUCUGGAUCCUGCCUGGUACCUUCUGUUUGAUGGAUGCAAUCUAACGAGAGAGAGCUGGAAGACCUUGGAACAGGCUGGCUUCUCAAAGCUGAAGCUUCAGCAUAUCCAGGCUCCACUGUCCUGGACUUUGGUGCGGCCCCACAUCUAUGGAUACGCUGUGAAAUAGUGGGAGGUGUCAGGAGACUUGGACUGCUCCAACGGUUCAAGGCUUCAGUUUUAGAUGUAAAAUUCUAACUGGGAGAGGUGAAGUCCAAUUCAUCCUCACAGGCUUCUGUUUAACCGUUUUCUGUAUUAUUUCCCACCAAAUCAGAACAGCUUUGAACUCCCCUUCAAAGGGACCAAUGGUCUUUGAUUAGCCAUUGAUAAUGAACCAGGGGGAAACUAAUAGCUUGCAAGCCGAAUAAAUAAAUACCAGCUAAGUGAAAAUCCAGUGUCUGACCAACACAGAAAAUCCCCCCCCCCCAAAUGAAAUCUGAACCUCCUUGCUGCUUUUGAGUCUCUGGUCUGGCUUCCACUGCGCUGGUGUCUCUGGCCAGCAGCUGUCUUUUGGUUCAGGGUUCCACCAACUCCUGCUGCCCUGCACUCAGUUUUUACAAGCGCACCUGAUAUACCAUUGUCACCACAGAACUGCACACGACAGUUGGGAUUCUUGGGUUAGUUUCUUAUCUAACAUGUACUUUGCUAAACACAAUAGACUCUAGGCUGUGAAUGGGCCCACUGUGGUUAGGGAAAACUGGUACACUAUGUGGGAGACUCUGAAAGCAAUCUGUAAGUGCAGUCAGCAAGGCCUGGGGGCAGAUUCCACUGGUCCUGAGCCAGGUGUGGUGGUGCACGCCUGUAAUCCCAGCAGUAGGGAAGCAGAGGCAAUAGGACUUCUGAGCUCUAGGACAGCCUAGUCUACAGAGUAAGUUCUAGGCUACAGAGAAAAUCUUGAGAGAGAGAGAGAGAAAGAGAGAGAGAAGCAAUUCCACUGGUCUUGAAAGAAAACCAUGGACAUCAUUGUGUACCUACUGAGAGUGUGUCUAGGUGGGCCCAUUGAAGGGUUUAAGCUACAGUUUUGUAUGUAUCUAAACAAAUGCAUAUUUUCUGAGAUGAUUUUGCAAAGUCCUAUUUUGAAUAUCAAACCAAAAAUACAUAUUCAUUUAAGGAAUGGAAAUAAAAAGUUUCUACACUUG